AUGGAGCGGCAGUCGAGCAUGAUCAGUGCGCCGUUCAAGGCACAUCGUCGUCGCCCUAUCAUCACCAUCAUCGUCCCAGGUGAGGAGACAACCCCGUCUCAGAAGGACAGUGCCGAAACUGCCCAUAGGCCGGAUCGCAGCACCUUCGAGAGUUUCAAAGCGAAGCCGCGCUGCCCCACCCCCGACUCUAACGGCGCUGCCCAUGAUGGCGAGCACGAAAAUGGCACCCCUACAGGCGCGAGUGCUCGAAUGCCGCACCCCAACGGCGGCAAUGCCAUGAGGACGAAGAACGGAGUCUUGCAUCACAGCAAGCCCCGAAACGCUGCUCAGACGUCAGCGCCUCAAGGCGAUGGCGCUCCCGCUCUCUUGCCGCAAAGUCAGACACUGCGCGGUGCGGUCUCGAAUCGACUCGGAGAAAUGCACCUCUUUCCUGUGUCCCCAUCAUCCACAGCCGCAUCAGCACGAAGGGCGGGCAGCAGGCACGAAGUCCACCCAGUCGCCACAGCCUCUGCUCCUUCGCAUGCGCCGCUGCUCGGCGCAACCACGGCAGAGGACGGCACUACGCUGCGCCUCGGUGCACCCGUCAGCGGCAUGAGUGACAGCCGCCGUCCCGUCGCCGCGAACAACAGCGCUUUCAGCAGUGUGCCUGUCUUAUCGUCCUCUGAUAAAGUGCCCCCACGGAUGAGUCGGAGAAUCCGCUCCAGCAGUCGGCUCCCGCUGAACCCCGCCACCGCCGGCGGCACGACAGCCGGUGUGAGCGACAACAGCAGAGGGAACAACAGAAGCGCCCCCAUGAGUGCUCCUCCACUGAUGGUCUCCGCGGGCUCCACCGCUCAAAACAUUGCCACCACCAUCGGUGUCCACGGCACCCGCAGCUCUCUGUCAUCCCCACAACUCCCGUCGGCCCCACCGCUGCAGCCGACCACCAUGUUUAACGCCGCAGCGCAAAGGCAAUCGUUCCCGUCGAGCUACGCAAGCAUGCCUUCCGAUGCUACGGACUCGUCUCGAGGCGACUAUCAGGGCAUCAGUUACUCGAGCCCCAGCCGUCGCUUGACGAUGCCGCAACCUCGAGUGCCGCACGAAAUCAACCUCACGCGAGUCCCGCACCCGCCUGUCUGGCGUCGGCCGCAACAGACACAGGCGGCCAGCUCACGGAAUGAGAUGCGGAAAGCGGAGUCGACGCUUCAAGUCGACAGACUUGUCUCGCCCAUUCCAUCGCACGCCAUUAGCGAGCGCGGGAGCAGCGACGACUGUGGCUCCAGCUCGGGGAACACGGAGUACAGUCAUUUGUCCUCCGUGGUGGGUGACCUGUCCGUCGUGAUCAGCGACUCCGACUUGGCCAGUACUGUGAGCCUCGCGUCUGCCUUCGCGGCCGGGGCACCGUCGCCGCAACGCUCAGAGUCGCCGCUGGCUGACCUCUCAAACCUCCUUGUACCAGGUGUGACAGUCCAACGCACCGCCGUGCCCGAGGAGGAGCCACGAGUGGUGUCUCCGCCGGAAUCUGCGCUGUUGGAUGUCAGCGCUGCCAAGGGAUGCCGUUCCAGCAACGGCAAGGAAGCGGAAGAGCAUGAUGCGGACAGCACCAGCUCUGUGGACGUGGCCGAUCUCCCAUCCACGACAGACUUUCCUGUUCUGAUGGAACCGCCUAGGUUUCUCGCAGCAGCGAGCGAGCGGCAAGGGCCGCUCAAGACAGUCUCCAGCCGCCCCCUCGACGCCAGCAGCGGCAGCAAGUCCGUGGAUGGGAUACGGGAAGAACCAAGCGAUGCCUCUAUCAGUAACUUCGGCCUGCUGCCAAACGACGACAGUACCGCCCCCAAUGUCGUCAUAUCUUCUUCACCGACCGCUAAAGUCGCACCGGCAUCACCAUUGUCACCGAAGCUCACGCAUGUCCAGGAGCGGGCGUGUCGCACGUGGGGCAGCACUGAGCCCCUUCCGUCUCCAGUCGACCUGAACAGUCUAGUCUUGUGGAAAGAGAGCGAGUGGUCUAUUUCUCCUCCACUGACGUUUUCCUCGAAGCACCGUGCCAACUCAUCCUCGCGUUCUGGCUCGACGAAGGGCGGCAGCAGCGGUGGAAGUCGUGCGCAUGACGGCGAAGGCGGUAAGGGCAGCGCCACCGCCCAUCUAGAAGCUGAUUCGAACGGCCAGGAGACAGUAAUGAGGCCGGAUACGGGAGCGAGCAGCUGCAGACACCCCAGCCUAUUCCAGAAAUGCAAGCAAAACGAGGACGACGCCGCUGAUGCCACGAGAGACUCCACCCUGCCACUGCGCGCAUUGCGCACCGCCAAUCGAGGGACUGCAAGCGGCCCACGUGCCCAGGUCGCACAGGCGGCCUCUGCCGUGGCGUGCUUGACAGCAGCCGAGAAGGAGAGAUGGUCCGUGACACAGUCGCUGAGCAUCGACGCCGACACCUUUUCCUUCUCUCAGCUUCCCCAAGAGAAGCGGGGCAGUAUGGUGGCUAAACUGCGAAACAUGUUCGAAAGCAGCACGGAGAAGCACCCGCGCUGCAGCAGCAGUCAAGCGGGGUCACAGAUAGCCACACCAUCGCCAAAGGACCAGAGCAGCCCCAUGCGGCAUGCGAGCUCCGUUAAUGGCAACAACAACAGCAGCAGCAGCGCCCCCAAGAGCAGCUCAAGGCGGAAAACAGAAGAUGCUUCGAGGAAGACACCGCCUUCGUUAUGGAAGGAGGUGGGAGGCAGCAGCCAGAUGCCGAUAUCGCCGCAGUGCCAUAAGUCACCGACCGCUACUCCACCAGUGGCGAACUGCAACUCACCUCUCCUCUUUCUGCGAUCUCCCACAGUGGCCACGCCUGAGAAGGGGGCUCUGCCGCCGUUAACAAGCACAGUCAAGUCGGGCAGGGUAUCCGGUACUCAUCCCCAGAGCUCUCAUGCGGGCUCGGACUGCACCGCGGCAGGCAACCCAGCCACAUCACCUCCAAGGGUUCGCCAUGCCAAAGUGGAUCUGCAGCGCGAGGCCUCGUCUGUGAAAAACUCUCCAGGCAUGUUAUCAUGCAUUUCCACGCAGGCCAGCGACCCCGGGUUCUCCCUCGCAUGCUUCAAGGUCUCUAACGUCUCUGCGGACACCGUAAACAUGUUCGACCGCGGCGAUUUUUGA